GACUUAUAAGGAGCAUCUCGAGGGCCAGAAGCACAAGAAGAAAGAGGCGGCGCUGAAGGUCUCUCAGAGCAGCAGCAACAGUGGGGCAGGCGGCUCUGGUACCUCAGCUCGCGGUACACAGAAUCAGCUGCGCUGCGAGCUCUGCGACGUGUCCUGCACAGGCGCCGACGCAUACGCUGCUCACAUCCGCGGUGCCAAGCACCAGAAGGUUGUUAAGCUACACACCAAACUCGGCAAGCCCAUCCCCUCCACAGAGCCCAGCGUGAUCACCCAGACGUCCAGCUCCACCACGGCGGCGCCCAGCAAAGCCUCCUCAGGGGGCUCCUCAGCAAUGGGCAGCUCCGGUGCGGGCGGAGGUGGUGCCCUGGGAACCAGUGUACCCUCUCCUGCUCAGGCUUCUGCGGCGGGCACCGCCAACUCGUCUUACCUGAAGCCUGUCAGCAUGGCGAACAGUGCCAGUGCGGCGGUGCAAGGCAAGAGCCCGGCAGCCAGCAGCCUGCCCGCCAAUGCCAGCACGGUCAAGAAGGCCAACACCCCCAAGAUCAAUUUCGUUGCAGGAAAUAAGUUACAGACCACAAGUGUCAAGGCUGAUGACGCCAAAGCGGAGACGGCAAAACCCGCCCCGGCCUCAUUGGCUGCACAGUCCCCGGACAUGAAGAUGGAGACCUCUGAUUCGCUGGCGGCGCAGUCCGCCCUGGCUGCCCUGCAGAGUGACGUCCAACCAGUUGGACACGACUAUGUUGAGGAGGUACGCAAUGAUGAAGGCAGGGUGAUCCGCUUUCAUUGCAAGCUGUGCGAAUGUAGUUUCAACGAUCCAAACGCCAAGGAGAUGCACUUGAAAGGACGAAGGCAUCGUCUCCAGUACAAGAAAAAGGUCAACCCCGAACUCCAGGUGGAGGUGAAGCCCAGCAUCCGAGCACGCAAGAUCCAGGAGGAGAAGAUGAGAAAGCAGCUGCAGAAGGAGGAGUACUGGAGGAGGAGAGAGGAGGAGGAACGCUGGAGGAUGGAGAUGAGUGCCAUUUACUGUCCCAGGCGUUAUGAGGAGGACAUGUACUGGCGGCGUAUGGAUGAGGAUCACCACUGGGAUGAUCGGCGCAGGAUGCCCGACGGAGGCUACCCACAGGGGCCCCCCGGCCCUCCCGGACUCCUGGGCGUGCGGCCUGGCAUGCCCAUACCCCAGCCACAGGGGCCAGUGCCUCUCCGCCGGCCCGACACCUCAGACGACCGUUACGUCAUGACCAAACACGCGGCCAUCUACCCCUCCGAGGACGAGCUGCAGGCCAUCCAGAAGAUCGUGUCCAUCACUGAGCGGGCGCUCAAACUCGUCUCCGACAUCAUCACGGACCAAGACAAGGCCAAGGAGGAGGACAAGGAGAAGGAGAAGGAGGAGAAGGAGAAGGAGAAGAAGAAGGACACCACCAAGGACAGAGCUCUGAAGGGUGUGAUGAGGGUCGGCGUGUUGGCCAAAGGCCUACUGCUGCGCGGGGAUAAGAAUGUGAACCUGGUGCUGCUGUGCUCUGAGAAACCCACCAAGACCCUUCUGACGCGCAUCGUGGAGCACCUUCCCAAGCAGCUCACGCUGGUGACACCUGACAAGUACGAGGUGAAGGGCUCUAUCCAGGAGGCAGCCAUCAUCUUGAACUCCGGCGCUGAACCCAAGAUGCAGGUGACCAUCACCCUGACAUCGCCCAUCAUCCGAGAAGAGAACGCCCGGGACGGAGAUGUAACCUCGGGUAUGGUGAAAGACCCAGCGGACGUCUUGGACAGGCAAAAAUGCCUUGACGCUCUGGCUGCUCUACGCCACGCUAAGUGGUUCCAGGCUAGAGCUAACGGACUCCAGUCAUGUGUCAUAAUCAUUCGCAUUCUACGGGACCUGUGUCAGCGAGUGCCCACAUGGUCUGCCUUUCCAAGCUGGGCCAUGGAGCUCCUGGUGGAGAAGGCCAUCAGCAGUGCAUCUGGCCCCCUGAGCCCCGGAGAUGCCCUUCGCAGAGUCUUUGAAUGUAUUUCCUCCGGCAUCCUGCUCCCUGGUGGUCCUGGGUUGAUCGACCCAUGUGAGAAGAAUCCCACAGACACUUUGGCAGCCAUGGAGGAGCAGCAGAGAGAGGAUAUAACCUCAAGUGCCCAGUUUGCCCUAAGGCUACUCGCGUUCCGCCAGAUCUACAAAGUUUUGGGUAUGGACCCACUGCCCCAGAUGAACGCCCGAUUCAACGUGCGCAACAACCGCAAGCGCCGACGUGACAACAGCGAUGGGACGGAUGGCUUUGAGGCAGAGGGGAAGAAAGACAAGAAGGACCAUGAAGGCUUCUAAAAAAACAAAAAGCAAAAGCAAAUGAAACAACAAAAAGAAACCCAGUAAUAAUGCCCCCUCCUCCUUGUGUACCGUAGUCUGUUGCAAGGGUGGCAGUCCUUUCCUGUCGUGUCGCAUGAAGGCUAGCGUUUGCCGCACUGUUGUGCCAGUUCAGUUAUUUGCACUACCAUCUAUUAGCAAGUUCAGUGGUCAGAGGGAACAACUGAGUUAGUUCUGAUGUCAGUGUAAUUCCAUGCAAUUUCUGUGGCUAGUUCUUGGGUGAGAAACAAAAAAAAAAUAUUAAAAUUGGCAGAUA